CGGCGCCCGAGGAGAUCCCGCGGCGAUGCCGCCUCCGCCGCCGCCUCCGCUCCCCUCAUCAUGCCUCCUCUCGCGCCGCCUCCCGCAACUCCUCGUGCUCUCCACGUUACUUCUCUCCUCCGCAAACAGCAUGGAGGAGGGAAGGGUCCUCGCCGUCGGCGAGGAGCUGAUGGGCGAGACGAUGCCGCUGCGCCACGGCCGCCGGCUGUACAGGCUCGACGGGGCGCGGCCGUCCGCGUGGUACGAAGUCAAGAUCUCCUACCCGGCCUCCAUACCGUCCAGCUUCUCGAUCCGGCUUGUGGACGAUCCACACUCCGUGGAGGAUUGGGGCAGCAUGAACAGGAGGUUGCUCAACACGGAGAAGAUAAUUUUCAAGGCUGAGAGCAGCAGACCGGUUUAUGUUCUUGUCACGGUGGAGCCAGAAGGGGUGGUUGCGAAGCCAAAUGUGCCGGAUAGAGAGUUUGCGAUGUUCAACAUUGUUUGUGACGAACUUAUGCUUGGGAUCCCACAUUUUGCCUGGUGGGUUGGAAUUGGAUCUCUGUUCUGCAUGGCGCUGGCAUCAGUGGUUCCCUAUUUUCUCCCGCUGCACAAGCUACUGAAUUAUGAAGCCACAGAACUGAGCGAUGACGAUGCAACUAAGCUCUCUUGAUCGGACGAAGUGUGCUGGAUGGUAUAGAAAUGUUCCAUUCUGCAGAGUAGGCUAUUGUACAGGCAUCUUUCGUUUUUUUCCUUGCACCAGAUGCAGCCGUGCACACGCAUCUAACAGGUGAUUACUGUACCGUACAGUACAAUGGUUGUGGAUUAAUUCAUUUCAAUUUUGUAAACUUUGUUUCAGCUGUGAGCUUUAGCUUAUGAUGUUUUUUUUCCUCAUAUGCUAAAAAUACAGUUUGUGGCUUUGUGC